UCCGGAUUCCUACCACAGUCCAAAAUCGUGUGCUUACGUUAAUUUUUAACACCCAGAAUAACAUUGCCGAAGCAGCUUAUAGAGUUUAUAUUUUAAUGAUUUAUACAGGUGAAUAUCUAACGGAACAGAAGUACUGCAUUCAGGGUACGCGCGCAGGCUGCUUAGAAACACGAAUUUAUCGAAACUGCCUGUUUUGGGGUUGUGUGUGUGAGUGGGGGGGAUUUAAACCACAAUCCUGUAGGUGUGACACCCACCGAUCAAUCCCAUUAGUGCUUCAAGAAAAUUACAGUUUACUAGAUGCAGUGUCAUCAGUAUAAGCACGAGCAACACGAUUCAGUAACAUUUUGAUACUGUAUGUUGGCGUUGGCAUAACACAGGAGACUGUAGGGCACGUCAGUCAUAAGCCCAUGUCCUUGGAGACUAUUUUGAAACUUGACUUGAAAAUCUUUUCAUCAUCGGCUACAGGGAAUAAUUUUGCUUAACACCAUGAAGUUCAAGGUACACUUGGAGUAAUCGGAGCUGUCUGUGAUUCUCCUGCCCCAAACUCUUUCCGCAUUCCUGUUUACUGGUGGUCAUCAAAAGGAGAGAGCAAAUCACAGCGUUGCCGUUGUACUACUAUGGAGAUCUACAGAUGAAACGUGAAGGAGAACAGGAUUUUAAAAAUUUCUUCGCCGAGUUACGGGGAUGCACGAUCUUCCUCUACGCAGACCCGAAGCACGACUCGUACUCCGAGAAGGUGCAUCUCCAGAACUUGAAGGCAAUUACUCUCGAUAAACCGGGAAUGCGAAGCAGCUCGCUGGUCUACAUUCUGAGCCUACAAAAUGAGGAAAUCCAUCUGAAGAUUGACAGUCAGGAGGCUGGCGAAGAGUGGAGGGGCUUUAUUACGACUGUGGCCUAUAAGGGACCCGCGUCGUUCCAGCUCGAGAUUCCCCAGGACCUGCAGCUGCUUCCCGGUCAGAUGGUGAGGAUACAAGACGUUCUGGAGCAGGAGAUACAGAGGAUCAACGCGUCCCACGCCUCAGAGUACAGGGACCCGCUGUCCUUCCCACAAACAAUUCCCGAUGAGGCUUACGAGGACGUCGUCAUCCAAAUGCCCCCCUGCUUUUCUACCGUCUCCCGGGAGGAGGCAGAGAUGAUGCUGGAGGACCACCCGGAGUAUGGCAGCAUCAUCCUGCGUCCGGCGACAGACGGCAUCAAUUACGCCGUCACCAUAAGGCAGCUGUUCGACAGGAACUCGGUGAUAAAACACUACAGGGUGCGCUCCCAGGACAGGAGCUUCGUGAUCGAGCUGAACAGCCCGGUUACAGUUUCCAACCUCUAUGACGUCGUGCAGUAUUUCUUAACGGAAACCUCACACCGCCUGAAACCUUUCGUUCAGCCACAGAAUUACGACAGUCUAAUCGUUCGGCCAUCUGAGAGGAUUAUUUUCCCGAAGCGUCCCUCAGGAGCGACGGCAUCGAAGGCCAGAGUCUCGCCCGCGGUCCAGAGUCCGACCCUGCUGGCAGCCCAGCCUUCAUCGCCCAGACGAUCUCCUGUCCUGAUACACACACCAGACGAUGAAGCUGAUUAUAUCAUCCCAGACGUUAUGUAGAAAAGUGAAUUGAGUGGGGGGGAGGAUUAUUUCAUUUACAAACAUAAUACCCCAGGAAUCCAUCUGUCCAUCCAUCCCAGGCGGCGUAGAGUCUAAGGCAGGACAUUCCAUACACACAGACACACACACAAUCAGACAAUAUGGGUAAUUUAGAGUCAAUAUGUCACAUAUUAGACAUACUGUAUAGGAAUAACAUGACAUCUGAGGCUUAUGUGUGUAAGUGCAGGGCUGUGAAAUCGCCAUGGUUUCAUGUCUUUGUUCCCCAUUUCUUAUACAGUCUCCCUGGUUUAUGAUGAUUAGCAAAGGAUGUUACAGAAGAGGAGGCAAUGGAUGGGAAAGGAUGUAAAUGACUGACCCCCCUACCUCAGUCCCUCUCCUUGCUCCAGUUCCCUCCCCUGUCCUCACCCCUUCCUGCCUCCGAUCCCUCCCCUGUAAAUACAGUUUCAUGUAGCCUGACUUACAAACACUCACUAUUAUGGUAUGAAUGAGAACCUCUUUAUGAAGAAGGAGCAGUAGCAGGAUAAAGUUGGAGGAUAUAGUGGAUAAUCUCUCAGCACUCCAUACACUCCAUUCUUAUGCCAAAAGCUUAGGCUCUUCAGCACAAUUUUAUCACACAGUAAACGUAGGAGAGUCAUAUGCUAUAUGUUUUAGACGCUAUGAGUACAGUCUGCUUACAAAGAAAUUAAGCUACGGUUUGCUGAUUUCAUCUGUGAGCCUCGCUCUGAAGCACGGCUACACCAAGCUGAUAGACUGCUUGACUUAUUCUGAAGAUAAUGAACAGCAAUCCAGAGAGCUGAGUGAUUAAUGGGGGACUAAAUGCUGUGUUGGUUUGCAGAGUCUCUUUUCAUGGGUCUGCAGAUACCUUUGUUAACACAAGUCAGCUGACCCUGCUUGGAACACUCAACUGGAUUGGGACAAAUAGGGCCAGCUGGGCUGAUUGAUUAUUAUUUUAAUAAUACAGGUUAUGAAGGAGAUCUGCUCAAUGAGUCUGUAUUUAAGUCAGAUUUGUAUGUAUAUUGUAUCAAAUUUGUAUUGAUACAUAAUAAUACUAAUAAUGCAGUAAUAAUAAAAUUAACUACAAUACCCCAGUUUAAUGAAACGCUGAAGCCACACAAUGUCAUCACGAGCGUCACAAAGUAGCGCCUGCAUUCAUUAUCAUGUAGCGUUGUAACUUGUAUAAAACCUGAAUUUUUACUGUAAUUGGCUUUAUGCCACCCUGUAAGUAGGAAGUGUCUGUAUGUCGGACGUUCUUAACUUGGGGGCUGCCUGUAAUGUUUUGGUUUGUUUAAAUCCCGCUGUAUGAUGGCUUUGAUUUGCCUGUUGUCAAUAAAUGAUAUCAUUUGUGUGAUG